AUGAAGCGACUUCUGAAAUUCAAACGCCCCAAGGCAAGUAACGGUGAUCCCAAGGGGAACAGCACGGUCGCGCCUUCUUCGCUUGUGGGGCCAGAGAUGAUCGGAUCUUCUACAAUUUCAAUACCUGCUUCCAGUCUCUCAGUACAGCCUACAGACCCUUCAGUGGUGGCUCCUAGUGCUUCUCCCACUGCGAGUGCCGCACAGUUACAAACUGGGCACGCUGCAGCAUCUCCCUCGACCUCUGCAUGUUCUCCGCUCGCGCCGUCUACAAGGGCAACCCAGGACAUCGACAUAUGGAGUCGCGCCUACGAAGUAGCUGAGAAUCGAGAGCCAGAGUUGAUGACAGAUUACGCGAGCCACCUGGCCUCUAUACAAGGUAACCCCACCACCAAAAGACGUAUCUCAAGCUCGGGAUUUGCCGAAGAUGUCGUGAAGCAGCUGCUGGAAGACCGAGAGAAGAAACAAUGGCGGCUUCCUCUCCUAGGGAAUAAUCUCAUUAUCCGAAAGGAAGCUGAGCGACUAGCGAAAGUUCUCUUAUGGGCUGAUCCUUUUGUCAAAAGUGCUGUGAGCACUCAACCAUAUGCGGCGCUUGCAUGGUCCAGUGUUUCUAUUCUUCUUCCUCUACUGACAAGCUUUGUCACACCAGAUGAAGCUAUGCUGAAGGGUUUCAACUCGAUCAGCGACGUUCAACUCUAUUGGGCAAUUUUCGAAGAGACCUACCUGUCCUCUUCCCACCGGCAACACUACGAAAACCUUGUCGAGCCUUUGGCGAAGCUCUAUUCUUACAUUAUUGAAUACCAAGCCCGCGCUAUAUGCCAUCUUUCAGAGACCCAGCUUUCACGGGCGUGGCAGAACCUGGCGGGUGAGAAUGACUGGGCUGAAAAGGCAAGUGAGAUUGAAGCUUUAUCAAAGGCUCAUAGCAGCCUGAUCUCUCACGAUAACGAAAACGAGAUUCGAGAGCGCUGGGGCCGUCAGCUACGUGAAAUUCAAGAGUCAAGUGCUAUUCUCAAAGAGAUUCAACAAGUCCUUAAUGAAAGCCAAAGACGAACCCAGGGGAACUACGAAAGCAUGGCGGAAAAAGACCUGCUACAAGAUCUGGCUUCCGAUUAUGAAGGAUACAAAGAUUUUAACCGUCUCAGAGUCCAAGGCACGUGUGAAUGGUUCUUCAACGAUGAAAAGUUCUGCAAAUGGCGCGAUAGCAACACGUCUGGACUUUUAUGGCUUUCUGCUGGACCUGGAUGUGGAAAAUCGAUUCUGUCACGAGCGCUCAUUGACGAACGUCGACUAUCCUUGAACGUCACAACCUCAACCGUUUGUCACUUCUUUUUUAAAGAUGGCUACGAAGACCGCAUGUAUAGCGUCAAUGCUUUAUCUCUACCUACUCAUAAAAAUUACGGCAAAUCUCUUACAAGGAACUUCUCUGAACUAUGGAAUAUCCUUCUUGAUUGUGCCAAGAGCCCUCACACUGGAGAAAUUGUUUGCAUUUUCGAUGCUUUGGAUGAAUGCGAGCAACAAAGCAGGUUGCAAUUGAUCAGCAAACUCAAAGACUUCUAUUGCCAGCCACAGGGCUCUGCAUUAUCUUCGAAACUGAGCUUCCUUAUAACCAGUCGACCAUACGCUGAGAUAGAGAGAAGUUUUGGUGGGUUCACAGAGUAUCUGCAUUUUGACGGCGAUAAGAAGUCUCUCGCCAUCACGCGGGAGAUUGACCUGGUAAUUGACGAUCAUGUGAGCCAGAUCACAGCCAACUUCACUGCAGAUGAUCAGCUAGAAAUCUCUAAACGCCUUAAAAGCAUGGAAAACCGCACCUACUUAUGGCUUUAUGUCAUUUUCGAAACAAUCAAAGAGGACCCGAGCCGCCACGGGAAGCGGUCCAGCAUCGAAAAACUGUUGAACAAUAUCCCAUCAAAGUUAUCCGAGGCGUAUGAAAAAAUUCUGGGCAGAAGCAGAUGCCAAGAUGAAACCCAACAUCUUCUUGAGAUCAUCCUUGCUGCAGCGCGGCCUCUUACUCUUGACGAGGCCAAUGUCGCCUUGACAUUGGCUUUAGCAGAAGAAGAUUUCACAUCACACGCAGCCUUAGAAAAUGAUCUCUGGCCUAAGAACAAUUUUGAAAGCAUUGUGAAGGGCCUAAGUGGCCUCUUCAUCAGCGUGCACGAUUCAAAGCUGUUCUUCAUUCAUCAAACGGCAAGGGAGUUCCUCAUUGACCCUUCAGGUCGGGGUACAUGGGAAGGACGCUUGAGCAUGUCUAAAUCAUCCAGAACCAUAUCAAGAACUUGUCUUAAGUUACUGAUGCUCCCUGAUCUUCGCACCUCUGUUAAAGACACUGACUUUUGGGAUGACGAUGAAUAUGACCUAAAUGACCCAAACAACCUUACUUUGGAACAACUGCCUCCGUUUUUCUGCUAUGCCGCCGAUCAUUGGCCGUUACACUUUCUAUCGCAGGAACCCACUGUCAUUGACCAGUCCCUAAAUGAUGCGCGUACACUUUGUAACCGCCAUCAGGCAUGGGUGUGGGUAGCAGCCUCUGGAUGGGUAUCAGAAAUUAGGUUAACACUCUUCCAUUACAUGACCGAUUUGUCUUUGGCGAGUUACUUCGGAUUGAAGCAAGUGGUCGAGAAUAUCUUGUCAGACGAACACGUUGAUGUCAACACUGAACACGAGUCUUCGAGACCGGCACUGAAAUCUUCAAGACCGGCACUUUCAGCGGCAUGCCUCGGAGGCCAAUCAGAUGUCGUCACGCUACUAUUGGAUAAAGGUGCCAAUAUCAACUCCUAUCACAGACUACACGGCACGGCUCUCCAUACAGCUCUGGUCUACGGUCACCAGGACGUUGUUCCAAUCCUCCUCGAAAAGGGCGCCGACGUCAACAUCGCAGGCGAACAUCACGCUCCAGCACUUUACAUGGCCUCGCAUCUCGGCAACCCAGCUAUCGUCCUCAGCCUCCUGGAAAGGGGUGCAGACGUCAACUAUAACCACGAAAGGCAGGGAACAGCGCUGUACAGAGCAUGUCGCUCAGGCCACCCGAAGGUCGUCAAAAUCCUACUCGAGAGCGGGGCGAACGUCAACAUCAUCGGAAAUAGAGAUUACGGCUCGGCGCUCCUCACAGCAUCUGCUCUCAACUACCCAGAUAUUGUCAUUGAUCUGCUAAAGAAAGGUGCUAACACCGACUAUAAUAACCAAAGACACGGCACUGCACUACAGACAGCAUCUAGACGAGGCUGGCAAAAUGUCGUCGCAAUACUCCUGGCGAAUGGAGCCGAUCCGAACAUCAGAGGUGGAUAUGAUAGCUCAGCAAUCCAGGCGGCGUCAGAUCAUGGUCAUCAAGGUGUCGUCGAAUUGUUACUCGAGAACGGAGCUGAUGUCAAUUUCCAAGGCGAAAGGAAGACCACAGCGCUUCAGAUGGCUGCGCGAGAAGGUCAUCGAGCAAUCAUUGCAUUGCUCCUCAAUUAUGGGGCCGACGUCACUGUGAAAGGGGAACUUUGUGGAACGGCGCUCGAUGCGGCAACUGAACAAGGCCACACAGAGAUUAUAGAAAUGCUAGCUAAGAAAGGUGCCAAGGUUUGA